UUAGGAAUCUGAAAUAAACAGGAAAGCACUAUGUCUUCGAUGUGGUCUGAAUAUACAAUCGGUGGGGUGAAGAUUUACUUUCCUUAUAAAGCUUACCCAUCACAGCUUGCUAUGAUGAAUUCUAUUCUCAGAGGAUUAAACAGUAAGCAACAUUGUUUGUUGGAGAGUCCCACAGGAAGUGGAAAAAGCUUAGCCUUACUUUGUUCUGCUUUAGCAUGGCAACAGUCUCUUAGUGAGAAGCCAGCAGAUGAGGGCGUAAGUGAAAAAACUGAAGUACCAUUGUCAUGUUGUUGUACAUGCCAUUCAAAAGAUUUUACAAACAAUGACAUGAACCAAGGAACUUCACGUCAUUUCAACUAUCCAAGCACACCACCUUCUGAAAGAAACAGUACUUCAUUAACUUGUCAAGACUCCCCUGAAAAAACCACUCUGGCUGCAAAGUUAUCUGCUAAGAAGCAGGCAUCCAUAUACAGAGAUGAAAAUGAUGAUUUUCAAGUAGAGAAGAAAAGAAUUCGACCCUUAGAAACUACGCAGCAGAUUAGAAAACGUCAUUGCUUUGGAACGGAAGUACACAAUUUGGAUGCAAAAGUUGAUUCAGGAAAGACUGUAAAACUCAACUCCCCAUCGGGAAAGAUAAACUCCUUUUCUCCACGGAAACCCCCUGGCCACUGUUCUAGGUGCUGUUGUUCUACUAAACAAGGAAACAGUCAAGAGUCGUCGAAUACCAUUAAGAAGGAUCAUGCAGGGAAAUCCAAGAUACCCAAAAUAUAUUUUGGGACACGCACACACAAGCAGAUUGCUCAGAUUACUAGAGAGCUCCGGAGGACAGCAUAUUCAAGGGUCCCGAUGACUAUUCUUUCCAGCAGGGAUCAUACUUGUGUCCAUCCUGAGGUAGUUGGUAACUUCAACAGAAAUGAGAAGUGCAUGGAGUUGCUAGAUGGGAGAAAUGGAAAAUCCUGCUAUUUUUAUCAUGGAGUUCAUAAAAUUAGUGAUCAGCACACAUUACAGACUUUCCAAGGGAUGUGCAAAGCCUGGGAUAUAGAAGAACUUGUCAGCCUGGGGAAGAAACUAAAGGCCUGUCCAUAUUACACAGCCCGAGAACUAAUACAAGAUGCUGACAUCAUAUUUUGUCCCUACAACUAUCUUCUAGAUGCACAAAUAAGGGAAAGUAUGGAUUUAAAUCUGAAAGAACAGGUUGUCAUUUUAGAUGAAGCUCAUAACAUCGAGGACUGUGCUCGGGAAUCAGCAAGUUACAGUGUAACAGAAGUUCAGCUUCGGUUUGCUCGGGAUGAACUAGAUAGUAUGGUCAACAAUAAUAUAAGGAGGAAAGAUCAUGAACCCCUACGAGCUGUGUGCUAUAGCCUCAUUAAUUGGUUAGAAGCAAACUCUGAAUAUCUUGUAGAAAGAGAUUAUGAAUCAGCUUGUAAAAUAUGGAGUGGAAAUGAAAUGCUCUUGAAUUUACACAAAAUGGGCAUCACCACUGCUACUUUUCCCAUUUUGCAGGGACAUUUUUCUGCUGUUCUUCAAAAAGAGGAAAAAAUCUCACCAAUUUAUGGUAAAGAGGAGGCAAGAGAAGUACCUAUUAUUAGUGCAUCAACUCAAAUAAUGCUUAAAGGACUUUUUAUGGUGCUUGACUAUCUUUUUAGGCAAAAUAGCAGAUUUGCAGAUGAUUAUAAAAUUGCGAUUCAACAGACUUACUCCUGGACAAAUCAGAUUGAUAUUUCAGAUAAAAAUGGGUUGUUGGUUCUACCAAAAAAUAAGAAACAUUCACGACAGAAAACUGCAGUUCGUGUGCUAAACUUUUGGUGCUUAAAUCCAGCUGUGGCCUUUUCAGAUAUUAAUGGCAAAGUUCAGACUAUUGUUUUGACAUCUGGUACAUUAUCACCAAUGAAAUCCUUUUCGUCAGAACUUGGUGUUACAUUUACUGUCCAGCUGGAGGCUAAUCAUGUCAUUAAAAAUUCACAGGUUUGGGUUGGUACCAUUGGGUCAGGCCCCAAGGGUCGGAAUCUCUGUGCUACCUUCCAGAAUACUGAAACAUUUGAGUUCCAAGAUGAAGUGGGGGCACUUUUGUUAUCUGUGUGCCAGACUGUGAGCCAAGGAAUUUUGUGUUUCUUGCCAUCUUACAAGUUACUAGAAAAAUUAAAAGAACGUUGGCUCUCUACUGGUUUAUGGCAUAAUCUGGAGUUGGUGAAGACAGUCAUUGUAGAACCACAGGGAGGAGAAAAAACAAAUUUUGAUGAAUUACUGCAGGUGUACUAUGACGCAAUCAAAUACAAAGGAGAGAAAGAUGGAGCUCUCCUGGUAGCAGUUUGUCGUGGUAAAGUGAGUGAGGGUCUGGAUUUCUCAGAUGACAAUGCCCGUGCUGUCAUAACAAUAGGAAUUCCUUUUCCAAAUGUGAAAGAUCUACAGGUUGAACUAAAACGACGAUACAAUGACCACCAUUCAAAAUUGAGAGGUCUUUUACCUGGCCGUCAGUGGUAUGAAAUUCAAGCUUACAGGGCCUUAAACCAGGCCCUUGGUAGAUGUAUUCGACACCAAAAUGAUUGGGGAGCUCUUAUUCUAGUGGAUGAUCGCUUUAGGAAUAACCCAAGUCGCUAUAUAUCUGGACUUUCUAAAUGGGUACGGCAGCAGAUUCAGCACCAUUCAACCUUUGAAAGUGCACUGGAGUCCUUGGCUGAAUUUUCCAAAAAGCAUCAAAAAGUUCUUAAUGUAUCCAUAAAGGACAGAACGAAUGUGCAGGACACUGAGUCCACACUUGAAGUGACCUCUUUAAAGUACAGUACCCCACCUUAUUUAUUGGAAGCAGCAAGUCAUCUAUCACCAGAAAAUUUUGUGGAAGAUGAAGCAAAGAUGUGUGUCCAGGAACUGCAGUGUCCUAAAAUUAUUACUAAAAAUUCACCUCUGCCAAGUGGCAUUAUCUCCAGAAAGGAGAAAAAUGAUCCAGUAUUGCUGGAAGAAGCAGUGAAAGCAGAAAAAAUUGUGAUUUCCAGAUCUACAAGCCCAACUUUCAACAAACAAACAAAGAGAAUUAGCUGGUCAAGCUUUAAUUCUUUGGAACAGUAUUUUACUGGUAAAAUACCGAAGGCAACACCUGAGCUCGGGUCAUCAGAGAAUAGUGCCUCUAGUCCUCCCCGUUUCAAAGCAGAAAAGAUGGAAAGUAAAACUGUUUUGCCAUUCACUGAUAAAUGUGAAUCCUCAAAUCUGACAGUAAACACAUCGUUUGGAUCAUGUCCUCAAUCAGAAACCAUUAUUUCAUCAUUAAAGAUUGAUGCCACCCUUACUAGAAAAAAUCAUUCUGAACAUCCGCUCUGUUCUGAAGAAGCCCUGGAUCCAGACAUUGAACUGUCUCUAGUAAGUGAGGAAGAUAAACAGUCCACUUCAAAUAGAGAUUUUGAAACAGAAGCAGAAGAUGAAUCUAUCUAUUUUACACCUGAACUUUAUGAUCCUGAAGAUACAGAUGAAGAAAAAAAUGACCUAGCCGAAACUGAUGGAGGAAAUAGAUUGGCUAACAAUUCAGACUGCAUUUUAGCUAAAGACCUUUUUGGAAUUAGAACUAUAAAAGAAGGAGAUUCAGCCAGAGAAGUGAAAGCUGAGGAUUGCACAGAUACAAAGUUGAAUGGAAUUCUGCAUAUUGAAGAAAGUAAAAUUGAUGACAUUGAUGGUAAAAACAACUUUGAUAAAUGAACUGGAACUGGGAAAAACUCAUGAAAUAGAAAUAAAGAACUUUAAACCGUCUCCUUCCAAAACUAAAACUAAAGGCGUGUUUCCUGGUUUUAAGUAAUAAUACUUAACUCUCAAGCGAAGUAAAAAUAUGUCAUCAUGCUUAUGUUAAACUCUGUUGUAAGUAAUGUGUACAUUGAAUAAGUGGCAUACUUUUUAAAAAACUAUUUUAUGUUCAGAAAUGUAAAUUUUAUUAUUCUUGAGUUUGGGGUUUUUUUUUGUUUUGUUUUGUUUUUUGAGACGAAGUCUUGGUCUGUUUCCCAGGCUGGAAUGCAGUGGCAUGCUCUCGGCUCACUGCAACCUCCACCUCCAGGUUCAAGCAAUUCUCCUGCCUCAGCCUCCUGAGUAGCUGGGACUACAGGUGUGCACCACCAUGCCUGGCUAGUUUUUGUAUUUUUAAUAGAGAUGGGGUUUCACCAUGUUGGCCAGGCUGGUCUCAAAUUCUUGACCUAGUGAUCUGCCCUUCUCUGCCUCCCGAAGUGCUGGGAUUACAGGCAUGAGCCACUGUGCCUGGCCUAUUCUUGAGUUUUUAUAAAGUAAUUCAUACAAAAUAUUGUCCUCAAAUAAGUCUUCCUUAGCUAAAUGCAAUUUAAAAUUAUUCAAAGAUAUUUAGAGUUUCCUAGGGCACGUCUAGUUUCACGUAAAUAUUCAUAUUAGGUGGUUCUCUUCAUCCAUUUGUUUUCAUACUGAUACAUAAAGAUUAAUAGCAGUCUAAUCUAGUCACACCUCAGUCAUAUUUCACUGUAGAUUUUACCUCAGAUCAGUCCGAGACAUUU